AUGAAGGCACGCCUGGGCAGUACUGGGGUGUUGCGUGCUGGUCGCACCGGCCGAGCGGCAAGUAGCGCGGCGGUUCCGGCACGGCAUGCGGCCGGGCGUGCGAGCGCUCCUGUACGGGAGGGGAUUAGCAGCUCCAAUUCGCGACCGGGCGCGAUCAUCAGUGGCCUCAGAUGGGGGCGCCCCUCUUCAACAUGGCUCCCUUCGUCGGCAGCUCCACAGUGGCCUCAGCUCCGGAGCUUUUCCACUUCAUCUUCGCCCGCACCCAAGAAAGCGGGCCUGGGCUCGACCACACCCGCCCUCGACCGCACCCACCACUGCGGACGAGUGACCGCGGCCGACGCUGGCACCUCCGUCCGGCUCUGCGGCUGGCUCACCGCCUCCCGGGAUUUUGGCGGCGUGCUGUUCCUGGUGGUGAAGGACCACACGGGUCCGGUGCAGGUGCUGGUGGACGAGAAGCGACUGACGCCCGGCCUCAGGGAGCAGGUGGCCAGUUGGCGCAUUGAGAGCGUGGUCACGGUCACGGGCAAGGUGCAGCUGCGCCCGGCCAGCAUGCAGAACAAGGACAUGCCGACGGGCGAGAUCGAGAUCGUGUGCGAGGACAUCGCCCUGCUCAACCCCACCUCGCACACGUCCCUGCCCUUCCCCUCGUGGAGUUCGCCCCUUCACGGCGACGAGCGUGACGCUCUUCCGCCCGAAGAACUUCGGCUCAGGUAUCGCUUCCUGGAUAUUCGGCGGCCGUACAUUCAAGACAACCUGCGACUUCGAUCGCAGCUGUCGCUGGCGGCGAGGAACUAUCUGCACGGCCAGGGCUUCUCUGAGAUCGAAACGCCCACACUCUUUCGAAGCACGCCCGAGGGCGCGCGGGAAUUCAUCGUUCCCACGCGCACCCGUGGCAAGUUUUACUCGCUGCCGCAGAGCCCGCAGCAGUACAAGCAGCUCCUCAUGAUUGACAUGGAGAUGGCGUUCGUGGGCGACCGGGACGUGUGCAACCUCACCGAAGGCCUCGUUCGAACAAUGUGGAAGACGGCUGGACACACACUGCCCGACCCAUUUCCUCGCAUGUCGUUCCGGCACGCAAUGGAGACCUACGGAAGCGACAAACCCGACACACGAUACGACCUGUUGCUGAGGGACGUCACCGACAUCCUCCAGCAGAGCCGCGUCAACGUGCUCACGGCCCCGCUGACUGCCGGCGCCAGCACCGACGCCGCCGCCCACAAGAAGGGGCCGGGCAGGUGCAUCAAGGCCAUCAACGUCCGGGGCAUGGCCGACCUCUCCCGCGAGGACAGCGACGGCAUCCAGAAGCGGGCGCGGGACCUGGGCGGGAAGGGCGUGGUCGAGAUCCGGUGCGGGCCGGAGGGCAAGUGGCGGUCGCCCAUCGAGAAGCACCUGACCGACGGCGAGCGGCGGCGGCUGGGCGACGCCCUCGAGGCGCAGGAGGGCGACCUGCUCCUCCUGUGCUCCGGCCCCGAGCGCGACGACGUCUCGCUCAUCCUCGGCGGCAUCAGGUCGCAUUGUGCGAAGCUGAUGAAGCGGCGCGGCAAGCUGAGCAUUCCGGACGACCAGUACAACUUUCUGUGGGUCGAGGAGUUCCCGCUGUUCUCGUUCGAGAGCGCCAGCCCGGGCGAGGCCAAGCGCAUCGUCACCACGCACCACCCGUUCACCGCGCCGCACCCCGACGACAUCGAUUUGCUCAUGUCCUCCGACGCCGAGCAUGAUCUCUUGCGCGUCAGAGGUCUGCACUACGACUGCGUGGUCAAUGGCGUAGAACUGGGCGGCGGGUCGAUCCGUGUGCACAACGAAGCCAUGCAACGGCACAUUUUCCGUGUGUUGGGCAUGUCCGACAAUGUCAUGACUCGAUUCCAGCACCUGCUCGACGCGCUGGGCAUGGGCUGCCCACCGCACGGCGGCCUCGCCAUCGGUUUCGACCGGCUGAUGGCCAUCUUGUGCCACGCCGAGAGUCUCCGCGAGGUGAUCGCCUUCCCGAAGACGGCCACCGGCAACGAGCUCAUGACCGGUGCUCCCUCCGAGCCGGGCCUCGACGAGCUCAAGGAGUACCACAUCUCCGUGGCCGCCGCACCUCCUUCAUAA